AUGGCGUCCUCGUCGUCGUCGAAUCAUGAACGAGAAGUAGAUCAAGAUUGCAUUCAAUCUGCUCUUAAAGAAGAUAAAUCAUACACAAAACAUACUCCUUCAAUGGCGUCGUCGUCUUCAAAUCAUGAACAAGAAGUAGAUCAAGACUUAUGGCAAGCUUGUGCAGGAGUCGAGAUUGAUAUUCCAAAACUCAAUUCUUUGGUUUAUUACUUUCCGAGAGACCAUAUCGAACAUUCUUCUUCUUCGCCUGACGAGUGUACAUUAUUAUCACGGUAUUAUGGUUCUUGUCUUUGUCGUGUGACGAAUGUUUCAUUUCAUGCUGAUUCUCAAACUGAUCAAGUCUUUGUUAAGUUUCUUCUUCAACCUUGUAAUACUGAUGACCCAAAGACCUCAGCCCCAAGCCCAAUCCCAAACCCAAAUUAUUACCCAACUCGAAGAAACCGAAUUAACGAUAAUGCUGUUUCGUUUGUUAAGGUGUUGUCGAAGUCAGAUAUACCAGAAGGUUUGUUAGUUACGAAGGCGUUAAUAGAUUGCAUCUUUUCACAGUUACCUCAAAAUCCCAUUGAAAUCAUCCAAUUGAUUGACAUUCAUGGUAAAAUCUGGGAAAUUAUGCUUCAAUUAAAAGAUGGGAUGUUUGAUAGGCUCACUGGUGGUUGGUAUGAUUUUGCGAAAACAAAGAACUUAACACCAGGAGAUUCAAUUGUUUUCAUGCUAAAAAAGUCAACCAAGGAGUGUCAUGUUGGAAUUCGUAGGGCUGUUAUAAAUAGACCAAUUAGCGCUAAAGAUGUAGAAGAAGCGAUUCAGACAGCAAGGAAUAUGAAGAGUUUUGAGGUUGUUUAUUAUCCAAUUCAGGGCUUGCCGGAGUUUGUUGUGCCCAAGGACAAAGUGGAUGCUGCUUUGCAUGUUCGUUGGAGACGUGAAAAUCCGGUAAUGUUUGCGUAUGAGUACUUGGGGGGACGUGAGCCAGUAAAGUGCUGGCAUGGUGGAAGAAUUUUGGAUUUUGUCCAUCGUGAAAAUGAUAUGAGUAAUUGGCCGGAUUGUUGGUGGCGGGUGCUUCAGAUUGUAUGGCAUGUAAGUCCUGAGAUUCUUGAGAAGAUGCCGAACUUGCAGAAGGACAUGAGUCCAUGGGAACUGGAAAUCUGGAAUUGUAGCGUAGUGAUCAAGAGUCUGCAGUGA